UUAAUUGUACCAUUCAUUUUCAUACAUCAUAAUAUAACGUGCGAAUAUUAUUCUUUUUUGCGCUGAAUCGAACGUGUCAAAAAUUCUGUAAAAAAAAAAGAGAAGCGCUGUUAGCAGAGUAGUAAACGUGAGAAUUUUUCCAUAUCGAUCCGUCGACGAUUUAUAUUUAAAAAAAGAUGCAUACAUUUUGCAAGUACUGAGAUGGUACCCCAUCGUUCAACUUUAAUCGUUCCUAAUUUUGUUAACAAUGGACUGAUUUACUCCGUUCAAGGGACAAGUUAAAGCCUAAAGUUUUCACUCUAAUUCAGUUCCUUUGGCAGAUUUUGAUAAAACAAUUCCUAAGGGAUAAAAAUUAAAUUUGAGUUGAACCUCGUUGAAUUCUAAAAAUGAUAGUGAAAAUCAUUGUUCAACUUCAGUUGUUGACAGCUUCGUUAAUAAUGAAAUAAUUUACCUCGUUCAUGGCUUAUAUUAAAGCUUGGAACCUCUACUUUACACGAAUUCAUCUGACAAAUGUCGAUAAACUGAUUUCUAACAGGUAGAAGGAAAACGUCAGUAGAGUUUCGAAAUCGCGCGGGCUCGCUCGCUCGCACCUGAAGAAGAGGCGAGGUGACUCUCCUCCGUUGGCCGUCGCGCAGCUGCGACCUUCGAGCGCCCUUGCGGCCGUCCCCUCGACCUCCUCGUCGUCCUCAUUUUUACUCCGAGCCUCGGCGCAGUUCCCGAGAACAGCCCAUGCGUCCGCGACACCGUCCGAAAUCGGACUAAUUAUGAGAAACGUCGAAUCUAAAGUGAUUGGGAUUAAACAAGAAACGAAAGAUCGCGCGGCUCGAUUAAUUAAAAUGAAACAGUGACGGGUUCAAUAGAAUUUUAUAUACAGCCGCGGUCGAAUCGGUGGUUCAUUUUUAACUGUGACCAAGAUAUUAGGAUAUUAAUGGUACUGGAAGAAACAUUGGCUGAAAGUGGAUUUGGUUUUUCGUUCUCGCAUUCCUUCUGGGUGGACAUGUUAGUUCUAGGGGUUGUUCACCCCUGAUCGAGCGUAAGGAUCACGAGUUCGGAGGCGAGGAGGAUCACGGAGAGGGUUCCCUCCGGUGACCAAGUGGUUCUCAGCGGUGUCGUUUCGGAGGUAUCGACGAGCGCCCUCAACGAAAUGGGUAGCACGGAUUCGCCGAUCAACACUAAUCCAUCGCCCGGUGGUCGUUCUUCCUGCGGCCUGGUCGGUUCCCUCUUCCCAACGAUCUGUAGAGGCCGAGCGGAAGCAUUCGCGAGACGCUUGCACCGUCGGCUGACCUCCCUAGGCACUGAAGACCCGCCAUACGACUCGGCGAGCAGUCCCAAAGAAACCACAUGGCUCCACUCCUCCGAUUCAUCGGCCAAAAAUAAUUCCAGUAAUCAGGUACUGAGACAGCAGCCCCGGCGUAGCUCGGAAGAUGACGUUUGCGAUUUUGAAUUGGAUUACGAGGACGGCCUCGGCUCGCCGGCGGAGGAGGUGACCGCCGCGGAAAUGGCCGACCUCCUCGUCAAUCACGAAAAUCUCUCGCGCAGUAGCGUUCAUCGUAGCUCGCCUAACUGCUCGAAAGAACCAUUGACUAGCAUUGAUUCGGACACGGGAUAUGCGUUCGCGUCGCCGUUAACCGGUACGUCGCCGCCUUCGGAUUCCUCUGAUAUAUUCUUCGACCUGUCAUCGGACGUAGCCGAGAAACCCGAAGGUUACUUCGAUCCUGCGACGGACAGCGAGAUUACUUCAUCAAAUCUAUCGAACGGGGGGUUAGUCGAUGAUAAGACUAGUUGUUUACGGAAUCUACAGAAUACCGAAGAUUCGUCUAGCCACGAAUCGCUCUGGAGCACCUUUGAGGAGAGCACCGUCUCACUCGAAGAAGAACCGACCGUUCCACAGAUAGUCAAGUCUCAUUCGGAUUCGGAGAUCGUUGUCAGAGUAGAGACCCUCAAAGAUGAAUCGAUCAAUGUCGAGCAUGACGGAUCGAAAGGUCUGGAUCAGAAUGAUAAAUCGGACGAACUACCAUUGGACGAAGAAUGCUCAAAACCGGAAGAAGCAGCAGCAGUUGUUAACUUGGAACCAGUCGAGGAAUCGACCGACGAUAAAAUGUGUCUGUUGCUGAAGAAGCUGGCAACGAGUCCGACGGUGAAAGGAGAUCAUAGAAUAAUCCCUCGGCAAGAAACCGACGCCAUCGAAGAAGAGGAGGAGGAAGUAGAGUCGAGGGUACCGAAGAUCAGAAGGUCUUCCUCGUUGAAAACAGGGAAAACGCCUCCGGGGACUCCCGGUAGAAAGAAGAUCGUUCGGUUCGCUGACGUUCUGGGCUUGGACCUGGCGGAUGUAAGAACUUUCCUGGACGAGAUACCCCGAGUCCCGAACUCGGCUUACAGCGACCUGAUCUACGACGAUAUCUUUCGUAAAGACACGAGCCCCGUCAAUUUCACGUCCCCUACCCUGGAACUGGGCGGCAGAAGAGGAUACGUUACCGUUUCACCUCGGAAACCCGACCGGUCGCUGGUACCGCUCUUCGAGCAGCCCGGAGGCUCGCUAAACUUCUUGGACCUGGUGAAACGACGCAAGGUCUGCUUGGAGAACGUCCUCGUUCAAGACCCGGUCGCCCUCUCGGUCCACGGCACCGUCCGCGUCGUAAACCUCGAUUUCCACAAGUCCGUUCACAUCAGAUACACCCUUAACUGUUGGGCAAACUUCAGCGACCUGCGGGCCAGCUACGUGGCGAACUCCUGCGACGGUUUUACCGAUAAAUUCUCAUUCGUCCUGUCCUGUCACACGCUGCCGGUGGGCCAGAGGCUAGAGUUCGCCGUCAGGUUCCACUGCAAGGGGGAACAGUACUGGGACAACAACGACGGGGCUAAUUACUGCUUCCAGUGUCUACCGGCGUCAUCGUCGUCGUCCGUCGGCUACGCACCCAUCGUCGACGCGAGGGACACCCUCGACCCGCAACCAUGGUUCUACUAAAUAGGCCUUAUAUAUAUAUAUAUACGUAUAUUUUUUUUAAUUAGUCUGUAAGAUGUCCUCGAUUAUUGUUCCUAGAAUUGUACAUAAAUCGCAGCGAUCGUUGGUUCGUUGAAUUUUAUUUAUACGACUGUUACUUCGGAUGUUCAUAGAUCUACUUGCUCGUUCGGACACAGUAUUAUCGCACGUUUGUUAACCUCUGGUUAUUUCUCGUUGCCCCUUCCUCUGGCAGUCGGCGACAACGUCGGACGUGUCCGACCAGCCUAUAUUCAAGACUCUCGUACGAGUUAUUUCUUCCUUUGGAACGUACCAUCAAAUGAUCAAUAAAUACUAUAUAUGUACACACGCGUGCGCACGUGUGUAUAAAAAUAUUUUUUAACAACGUGUAAGAUUCGAGGUGUACUAAAUUUUAUAAACUGACUCGGUUGUAAAUAGAAACAUGCCUCGUUCGAUAACGGUCAAACCUUCUAUUCUCUUAGCUAUGUAAGUUCUUUCUUUUUUUUAAUAAUAAAUCAACGGAAUUGUUAACCACGCGAUCGUCAUAGUGCCUCGCUCUCUCUCUCUCUCUCUCUCUCUCUCUCUCUCUCUCUCUCAUUUUAUUUUUCUUCUUUUUUUAAUGUCAUUCGACGUUUCGCUAAUCGUUCGUUCAGGUAGCAAUAAAAGUGUGCAGGUUUAUA